CACUUCCUAAAGUCAUAUGAUUAACAGCUGUGUUUAUAGAUUCCAUUUUUAGGAAAAAAGUUGACAACUUUAAUAAAAAUAAUUUCUGUUCAUUUAAUUAAACAAUUUAAAAAUAAAUAAUAAUGCCGACUAAUUUAAAUGACGUAAACAAUUUACUGGAUUCCCUGUAUUUGGAAUUGUUAAAUUUAAUAGAACAACAAACAAACUGUCGAGUUAAUAUUGAAAAAACAACCAAUGCCGGACAGUUGUUACUGGCCAAAACACGUUAUAAUCAAGGCUCUCAAACUAUAAGUGUGGCACAAAUUCCCACCGAAAACAGUGAAGACUGUAAGGCUUUGUGUCUAGUAACAGAGGAGGCAAAUGAGGAAACUGUAGCGGGCUGCAAGAAAAGUUUGCUACGUCACAAAGUAGAUAAGAACGAGGGUUAUUUGGAACCCAUGCACUGGUUUACCAUCUUGCCUUCCAUGUCUUUGCGUAAUGCGGCAGAACAAUUUAAGAAAUCAGUGGAUUUGGCUAUAGAAAGUGCUAAUAUACAAAAUGAAAUGUUGGCCAUUAUGAAAAGCAUUGAACAUUUAAAAGCUCUAAAACAACAAAUUUAAUUUGAUCAUAUUUUUAUACAAAAUAUUUUAUUAUUAUUUUUUAAACUAUUUUAAUAAUGCACAUUCCCGUUUCUCAUCAUUAUUCAUCUUUACAAUUGAAAGUCAUUUUAAUCAUAUCACCCAUGCCACAUUCAAUGACAUCUCCUCCCUUAAUGGGCAACGAACCAUUGGGUGUACCAGUCAAAAUAAUAUCAUUUGGUUCCAGAGUCAUAAAUUGUGAGGUAUACGAAAUAAGAUCGUCAACUUUGAAAAUUAAA